AUUGACCCAUGUUUGUUUGUUUGUGCAGGUCUUCUUCCAGGAAAGGGACAAAUCACCCUGAAGGAAUGGAUGGAUUUCCUCUGAAGAUUACCGAGGCAGUGUGUCUUGGGGCCAGCCUUGGCCUCACUAGCGUCUGCUAUUAUCUCUACACGAAGAGUCGGACAAGUCUAGAUAAGCUUGAUGAUGCUCCACACUUGAACAUAGACGGCAAACUCCGGGACAUUUUGAAAGUUACUCCAGGAGCAUGUUUACAGUACGCUGUCAUUGAAGGUACUGUGCAACCAGUCGGAGAGCCUCUUACGAGUCACUUCCAAAAAGAAUAUGUUGGUGUUUUGCAGAAAUUCAACUUAACAGAACACAGGCUGGUGUGGAACAGCCUUUCACGCACUUGGGCCGACAGUGAACGAGUCCUGCACCAGCGAGUGAAUGCAGUGCCGUUCCUGUUAGUCGGAUCAGAUGAUACCACCGUCAAAGUCCUGAGUCCUCUGCAGGCCUUAGGAGAUCACAUGGAGAUCACUCACGAGAAGUUCCACCAGGUCAAUUACGGCUUGGGGGACAUCGUAGGACAAUACCUCAGUGGGGAGAAACUUAAAGGGCAGCUGGAGACAGAAGAAAUGCUCAAAGUGGGAGCGACUCUUACAGGUGUGGGUGAGUUGAUUCUGGACACAGACGGCACCCUGAAUCUUCGACCGCCCGCUAAUGGCUCGCCGUAUUUUUUGAGCACGACAGACUUUGACACUCUUAGAGGAGAGCAGGAGAGCUCGGCAGUUCUGUGGAAAGUUCUGGCCAUUGCUUCUGCUUUGGCCGGAGCAGCGGCCCUCCUCUGGGUCGGACGACGUUACUACAACCAACUGAAAGUUCGCUGGGAGCAGGAGCAGGAGAGGAGGGAUUUUGAGAGACUCCAGGCUGAACUUCCAAGAGCGUCUGCUCAAGUGCAGGGCCUCGAUCAAGACAAUGAAGAAAACACAGAGAAUGCCUGCGUGAUUUGCCUCACUCAGCCACGUAACUGUAUUCUAUUGGACUGCGGACAUGUUUGCUGCUGCCAUAGCUGUUACCAGGCGCUUCCACACCGCAGAUGCCCCAUCUGUAGACAGAACAUCACAAGGGUGGUGCCUCUUUACCAUGUUUGACACACCGGUGUGACCUUUUCAAUUAAAAGACCUCAACGGUUGCACUUAGAACUAAAAAAAAACUAUUUUAUGAAGAUUAUUGUGUAUUAAAAGAACAUACAUUAAUCAUAAUGAUAUCGUGCAAAUGAUUUUGUUCAUCACGGCACAACAGAAAUUUCCCAGUGAGGGACAUAUCUCUUGAAUUGGUCAUACAGGAAAAUGAAGUCCAUUCGGGGAAAAGGGUGAACAUUAAUGCAUCAUAAAUGUAUAUUUAAGAGUAAGAGAGUAUAUAUAAGAGUUUGUCUGGUGCCUUUUUCUUAAUUUAUAUGGCUGCUGCUAAGAAUGGAUGUACUGUGUGUGUCUAAAUAACUUAAGUCUCAUCAUUAGAUGCUAAGCUAUUGUUACAAUCGCUUUCGGUUUGAGAUGCUGGAAGUUACUGAAACAAAAAUACAUGUAGUGCCAAGACAUGCUGUGAUUAUGAACUACAGGGUGGGAUUGUGUGUGAAAUGUUGGUUUGUUGAAAGAAAUUCAAUAAAAAGAUUCACUG